UCGGUCAUUUCUACGACGCCGGAUGGUUAUUCUCCGAUAAAUUAAGCAGGAGAUCCGGAUCUGAAUCCUUCCUGAGAUCGGGGAGCUCCCAGACCACAGCGGACCGUCAUUGGACAUAAUCUUUUAUUUUUUUUUCCCGAUCUAUUUAUUUAUUCUUAUAUAUUUUUUUAUCAAGUCUUGGGAAAGAUGGGGAGACUUGGGAGCCGAUUAUACAAGACGGAUCGAGCCCGUGAUUUCGACCAUGAACGGGAUCGGCUUAUCCGCGCGCGACAGAUCUAUGAGACUAUCGACCGACAACCAUAUCAAUGGAUCGUGGUGUUGGUGGCCGGAGUCGGCUUCUUCCUCGAUGGCUACACGCUGUUCGCAAGCAACAUUGCCCUCCCCAUGAUUGCUUACACUUACUGGAGAAACGACACCACCUCCCGUGAGAUCACCUUCAUUAACAUUGCCACCUUGGCCGGUACGCUCCUUGGCCAAGUACUGUUUGGUUUCCUGGCCGAUAAGAACGGUCGCAAGAGGAUGUAUGGUGUCGAGCUGACCCUGCUGAUCGCCGCCACCUUGGGAGUCGCCAUGUCGUCGACAGGCGUUAACGAUAGCAUGAACAUUUUCGCCUGGCUGAUCUGGUGGAGGAUCAUUGUUGGAAUCGGGGUGGGCGCGGACUAUCCCCUCAGUGCCGUUAUAACUUCCGAAUUCGCCCCCACUAAGCACCGGGCUCGCAUGCUGGCAUCAGUGUUCUUUAUGCAGCCCCUGGGGCAGAUUGCAGGCAACAUCGUAUCGCUGAUCGUGGUGGCCGCCACCAAAAGGCAGCACGACGCAGACCUGGGACGCUCCGUCGAUAUCAUGUGGAGAUGGGUGAUCGGGGUUGGCGUCGUUCCCGGCGUUGUUGCUUUGCUCUUUCGCUUCGCAAUUCCUGAGAGCCCUCGUUUUAUCCUUGAAAUCGAGGAUGACCCUGUCCAGGCGGAGUUUGACGCCACCACCUUGUUCGGGGAGCAGCCGCUGAGCCCCAGCAUCGAGACCUCCAGUUUCAGCAACUUCCCGUUGCCGAGCCCUACUUUCCCGGGCAUGUCUCCAGUCCCGGGAAUGUCUCCAGUAUCUCAGGAUGAGGAGGCAUCAACCAUCCGGACGGAUAACACUAUUCAUCCCGCUACGUUAAACCAUCACUGGCGACUUGCCAAAGCGGACAUCAUACAAUACUUUUGGACAGAAGGCAAUUGGCGUACCUUGGCUGGUACCUCUCUGGCGUGGCUCCUUCUGGACUUUGGGUUUUACGGAAUCAGUUUGUCCAGCCCACGGUUCCUUGCCAAAACCUGGGGUGAUCUCAAUAUCCACGGCGCCGCACCACCGUGGAUGAUCGACGACAGCCCCAAUGCGAACAUCUAUGAUAUGUUUCUGGACACUUCCCUCCAUGGGAUGGUUAUUCUGAACGCGGGCAGUGUCUUUGGCGGUCUCCUGCUGAUUCUCGUUGCCCAUAAAGUCGAUAGACAGGGGCUCCAGAAAUACAGUUUCCUCGCCCUUGCUGCUCUCUUCAUUGCGAUGGGUGUCAUGUUCAUCACCGUGCAGACAGAGGGCCCACCGGCAGUAAUACUGUAUAUCAUCGGACAGAUCCUAUUCAAUCUGGGCCCCAAUUCCACAACAUACAUGAUUCCUGCUGAAGUAUUCCCCACCCGCUACCGUGGCACCUGCCAUGGCAUCAGCGCUGGAGCUGGAAAGUUGGGAUCCAUCCUGGUCCAAAUCUUCUCUACUUAUUACGACUUUGGUACUGCGCCUGGCGUCGCGCAAACGAAACGAUACGGCUGGAUUCUCAUCGUCUUCAGCGCCGCCAUGGUCGUAGGCGCAGCAGUCACUCAUAUCUGGAUUCCAUCUGUCCAAAGAGGAGAUGGAAUUCGGAAAUUAUGGGGCGGAGACCCCGAGACCCUCGAAACUCUCUCUCUGGGACGACUUGGUCGGAAGAGUCGCUAUGCCAGUCGAACACCCACCUUCCGCAUCUUCCGGAGAUACUCCUGGCGAGUGGAACAGUAAAUUAUCAUUGUUGUUGUUAUUUAUCUUCAUCACGCCCGUCUAUGAUAUAAGGUAUGUAUAUUGAUGACGGGAACGGGCCGUACAUGGCCGGUAUAAAAUUCUCUGUAUAUAAAAUUUUUGUACAUAAUAUACCCCAGCAAUGAAUGCUCGACUCUUUUCUUCGAUUCCCAUUCACUUGACACUGUCUCUUAGUCAACACCGCAGUCUCAUCUUAUGACUGCAAGUCAGAUUCAGGAUCAGUUCUCUCUCUUCCCCUAUAGUUACACAAACAAGAUACAC